UUCCUUGUGGGAAAUGUAGGCUGCCUCUGCUGUGAACCCGCAGCAACAUGGCAGAACCCAGACAGGACUCACAUGGUUGUGGAAACUGCUCGGAUUUAGAAGAAGAUAAAUAUUCCGAUGAUGAUUUUGAAACGUCAAAACUCGGAACCAAAGAAUAUUGGGAGGAAGCAUACCAAAAAGAGCUAGAGACGUUUAAAGACAUUGGAGACGUUGGCGAAAUAUGGUUUGGUGAGGAAAGCAUGAAUCGUGUCCUGCGAUGGAUGCAGAAAGCUAAGAUCCCUGAGGAUGCUGCCAUUCUCGACAUUGGCACCGGAAAUGGGGCCUUCUUGGUUGAACUGGCAAAACAUGGAUACAGAAACCUUACCGGUAUAGAUUAUUCUCCAGCAUCAGUAGAACUGGCCCGAAAUGUUCUGCAGGCAGAGGGCUUAACUGACGUCACUGUAAAGGAGACGGAUUUCCUGAACUGCGGUGGAGAACUCGCGGGUUUUGAUGUCUGCAUUGAUAAAGGAACUUUUGAUGCAAUUAGUUUAAACCCAGACGACAACAAGGAGGGCAAGAAACUGUAUGUCCACACCCUAAGAGACGCUCUUAAGGACAGCGGCAUCUUUGCCAUCACCUCCUGUAACUGGACAAAAGAGCAGCUGCUGGAGAGAUUCUGUGAAGGAUUUGAAUUUGUACAGGAGUUGCCUACCCCGAGCUUCCAGUUUGGAGGAAGAAUUGGCAACAGUGUGGCAGCACUAAUCUUCAAGAGAGUGCGUUGAUUGAAGUUUCUCAAGUGAAUGUUUGUCUCUUUUUUUAAUUUGCUUUUUUUUCCCAUUUGAGACCACAUAUUUUAGUUUGAUCUUUUGUACAAAUCACGUCUAUAGUGUAUUGCAAUAAAGCAAAUCCACAGUAGUCGACUGGGAUUUUUUUCUUUAUACUAAAUUGAGUUUUUAUUGUUUCAGUUCACUCAGAUUUUUUUUUAAUCUUUCAGUUUGAUUGUUGUAUAGUAGUUAGCAUUGUGUUUAAAAUCAAACUAACACUUUGUUAUUGUGACUUUUUUUAAAUUUUUUAAAUCAAACAGAAGUCUAGAUUUAGUUUGUACCUGCAGGGAGACCUAGCAGUCCAUUCAUAUUUAGCUGAAUAUUUUUCCUCAUUCCAUAAAUUAAAAUGUAAUCCCUGA